CAGUGCGCCCGCGCGAGUCGCCCGACUGAAAGCAGAGGAGUAAGAGCUUGCGCGGUUUUGUGUGGGAGGGUUUAAGAAAGUAAGAUGGCGGACCUGGCGAACGAAGAAAAGUCGGCCAUUUCCCCACCAGUCUUUGUAUUUCAGAAGGAUAAAGGACAGAAGUCCUCCGCAGAGCAAAAAGGCAUGUCGGAUUCGGGAGAGGACCCUCAGGGAGAGGCUGAGUCUCCCCACCAUGGUAUGGGUCAUACAGAAUCAGCUAGUGCGCAUGCCUUAGAGCUUUCUGCUCCCGCUAUUGCCUCCACCAGCGCUUCUCCGCUUCCCACUCCUGAAGCCCGGGCUACUCCUAUCCAUCAGGAACUGGCAAGGAGGUCAGCUGAUGGUUCAAGUCCUGAAGCUGGAGAUUCUGACCACGAAGAUGGAAAUUACUGUCCUCCUGUAAAGCGUGAAAGGACUUCAUCGUUAACCCAGUUUCCUCCUUCAUAUCCAGUAACAAAAAAAAAUGUUUUUAUGCCAUCGACCCUCUGCGAGCUAUCUGCAGGCAAUUCUGACUCAGAACCAGAGCAAGACCUGGAUCCCUGUGGAAAGUUGUUUUGCCAAGAAGAAAGGAGCAGCGGAUUUCGACUGAAGCCUCCAACACUUAUCCAUGGUCAGGCGCCCAGUGCUGGUCUCCCAAGCCAGAAACCUAAGGAGCAACAAAGAAGUGUGCUGCGCCCUGCAGUAUUACAAGCCCCACAGCCAAAGGCGCUCUCACAGACAGUUCCAAGUAGUGGCACCAAUGGUGUUAAUGUAUCAUCAGAACCUUCCGGGGCAGCCACAUCUGAAUCACUAAAUAAUACCACACUGAGAAGUCCCUCUGACUCUAAUGACAAGUUGGGAAGUGAAAGUAAUGAAACGGCUGAUAUUCAGAGCGCUGGUCAUCUGAGUACAGAAACACCAUCUGCAACCAAUUAUUUCCUGCAGUACAUCAGUUUCAGUUUAGAGAAUUCAACAAACAGUGCUGAUGCCUCCAGCAAUAAAUUUGUCUUUGGCCAGAAUAUGAGUGAGAGGGUGUUGAGUCCCCCAAAAUUAAGCGAAGCUAAUACUGAUGCCAACAAGGAAAAUGCUGCUACUGAAUCAGUGUCUGAGUCAUCUUCACAGGAAUCGACUCUUGAUAAAGCUAAUAAUAUUUCAGAAUCACUGGCAGAAUCUGCCGCAGCCUACACCAAGGCAACAGCGAGGAAAUGCCUUCUGGAAAAGGUGGAAGUUAUCACCGGGGAGGAGGCUGAGAGUAAUGUACUUCAGAUUCAGUGCAAAUUAUUUGUGUUUGACAAGAACUCACAGUCAUGGGUGGAAAGAGGCAGAGGUCUUCUAAGACUCAAUGACAUGGCAUCAACAGAUGAUGGGACAUUACAAUCUCGAUUAGUAAUGCGAACCCAAGGAAGUCUGAGAUUAAUCCUCAACACCAAACUGUGGGCCCAAAUGCAGAUUGACAAAGCCAGUGAAAAGAGCAUCCGAAUCACAGCUAUGGACACCGAAGAUCAGGGAGUCAAGGUUUUCCUGAUAUCGGCAAGCUCCAAAGAUACAGGGCAACUAUACGCAGCCCUGCACCACCGGAUUCUGGCUUUGCGGAGUCGAGCAGAACAGGAGCAGGAAACCAAGAUACUUGCCCCGGGACCCGAGGUCACACAGUCAAACGAAGAAGACAGCGACGACGACGAUGUUCUGGCUCCUUCGGGAUCCACUGGAGGAGAUCCUAGUGAUGAAGGAGAUGGUGAGCCGGCAGGAAGCACAUAGCAACUGUGAGCCCAUUGCUUGCAAAGGCUGCUGCCUCCUCAUUUUGCGGGCGCCUCUGUUGACAUCCCAGGCAGUGUUGAAGGCACCCGGACUUUGGAAUCGUGUAUCCCUUUUCUGUAUGUUUGGUUUUUUGUUUGGAUCGGUGGAUUCCACAAAAAGCAGACUCGGUAAACUGCCUGAAUGUGGUUUAGGACAUGAAAGCUCAUCAUAUUGAUGAGCUGAAAACUAACAUUUUUCCCUGUCUUCUUUUUAAUUGAAACGGCACAGUACUACUUGUCACAACUUUUCAUUGGGACAUUUAGGGCUUUUUUCCUUCAGUAGAUCAUGGGUCUCAGGCCUCUAGGACGUAGCUUUUCCAGCAUGAUUCCCAUUAUAUAUUUUCUUUCUGACUUCCAUUUUUUGAGUUCCUGCUGGGAAGUUUGAGGUCUAUGCUCUCCCAUUUAGUCUUCAGGGUUUCAUUUUUAUUGGACAGCAAAUUGAGCAGUUAACAUCGCCCACCUUCUCACGUGUAGGGAUCUUGUUUGGUGGGUCAGUUGGUGAGGAAAAAAAUACUGACUCAAUACAAGAAAUUGUUCUUGAGUUAAUAGGACACUUUAAAAAGUACAUUGGAUAAUUGAUUAUUCUAUUAAUUCCUUCUCCCAUUCACAGUAUGAUUAUGGGUAUAUUGUGCCGGUCCUUCUCUCCCUUACCCCCCCACCCCCCGCCCUUUUUUUUUUUUAAAGUUUUGAUUUUUUUGUUUUGGGUUUUUGUUUUUUUUUUUUUCAAAGUUUUGAAGAAUAAGAUGCUCUUGUGUGUUGAGAAAUUGAAACUCUAUGUUUUGUACUGGUCUGUUAAUAUUUAAGGGAGAGCUAAGCCACUAUAUAUAAUAGGUGUUACAGACAGUUUUCUUAGUAAACUUUUGUUCUUCUGGCUAUGAUAAAGCAUAUAAUUACAUAAAGGUUACACAGUGAAACCAGAUGCUUGCCCCCUGGAGAACACAGGGUUCUGUGGUGAACGGGACAAGCCAUUGGACCAGCAUCUAUUGGGUCUUUUUUUAAGAAGCUCAGACUUAAUAAUAAUAAUAAUACCCUCGACUAUUCCACGUCCUCCUCUCCCUCCCAUUUAAAGUUUGAAGCAUGAAGAACGUGAUGCUAUCAGCGCGCACUGGUGGGUGCUGAAAAACGUUGACUCUUACUUUGCCAAUGGACAGAGCAAAAUGCUUUUCCAAGCGAUUUUGCGGGUUAGCUGCACUGACCCAGCUUGGAAUUUUUGCUUCAUUUUUAAAACUUGGACUCUGGAAGCCUCGUUGCUUUAAUACUGCUCACUACAAAGGCAGAAUUCAGUCAGCCUCUGAGAGAGAGCUCAAAGAGCCCCUUUCCACGAGAAAGAGCUCUAUAUUGCUUCAGGUGGCUGCGGGGCCACCUGUUUUAAGUGCUGGUAACCUUGGUUUUAACUCUUUUAGCACAGCAGAAUCAUCAAAUGUGUCUGAAUCAAGUUCUUAUGAAGCACCGUGACUAGAAAACGCCACAAUUUCCUCUGUAGUCCUACCUUUGCAAAUGCGAACAUGCACACAGGAACCCAGUUCUCUUGAUAUUGUGACUGCCGUUCAUCGUUCUGCCGUUCCUGGACAUCUGAACGAUUUGCUUUCACGACGUUAGUCGUGGAGCAAGCGCUACCGAGAAGUCCCUUUCUUAAGGGUAGAGAGAGGGGCUGAAGAUUAAGCCGCGCCAUCAGAUCUGUGUGAUUUCUCUGCCGUCUGCUUCCCAAACAGCCUCCGUCUCUCACAUGCUCGUUCCUCUCUGUGAACUUCAUUUUUAUGCACCCUCCCCCAACCCCCAGAGUGGGCUAUCUGGCACGCCCAUCAUCUGGUUUCCUUGGCCGCGAUCUGGCUUUAUCACAGUCCUCUGGGCUUGUCUCUUCACUGCCCUCUUUUUCUUGGCAUGAAAUUUAAACUUUUAAACGCAGAUAUUGUAAAAAUCCAUUGAAACUCACUUCGGCUGGUGUGUUUACAGCUUUGGAGUUGGAGAAAACAGUGAUGAGAAUCUAUUAGCAAGUAUGAAAAUGAAUUUCCUAGUAGUUUUCCGGGGCUUGACUGGGGUUGUUUCUGCCUUUGUUUGACGUGGAUUAGACAGAGGCACAUUGAGCCAGGAGAGAAUGCUUAAUAAGCAUGUUCAUCUUCAGGAAAUUUUAGUAUAUGCACAACCGCCAUUGAUCAAAUGAAUUCAAAUUUGUCAGCAGCCUGCCGACAUAUGAUUUUUAUUUUUAUUUUUUAUUUUUUAAUCCAGAAGUCUUGCAUAUAUUAUGUAGCGUGAGUGGGAGCCUAUUUCAUUUUUACCCAAGAUAUUCCAGGCUAUAAAACUUACUUAAUUGGGCCAGAAAUUAAUUUUAAGCCCCGCCUGGUGAGACGUAGUUAGGCCAGAGCUGAACCUUGUUACACUUUCUGCUUUCAGCCUUAGUAGCCUAGUGACAAGUAAAACAGAUAAUGCCCAUGUGUUUUGAAAGGAUCAUGUAAGAUUGUCAUAUCAAAUGUAUUUGGGAAUUACAUUAAAACUUUUAACAAAAACAAAUCAGUCCUGCAUUGUGCUCUUUGGUAAAUUGAGACCCAUCGGGGCAGGAAGGGGAGUUCUCCGGGGGCUGGAGUGGGCAGACCAAACCUAAAUCCAUGUGUUGUGGUGCUAUGGGGGCUGGGCAUGAUGGAGUAAAACCAGGUGGGCCAGUGAGUGGUUCCCUGUUCCCACAUUCUCCUAGAUGGGUCAUCUGCUCUAGAAGGAUGGGCCAGCCAGAAGGGACAUCCAGGCUGCCUCUUUCAGAGAGCUUCUUACUACAUGUACGGUGUAUAUGUAGCGUAUGUGUAUAGAUCUCCAGCUACAUGAAGUGAUUUACGGGUGAAGUGAGGAGCCUCAUAGGAAUCCUGGAUUGAUCAACUAAGGGCAAACUUUGAGCUUCUGUGCUCUGGCCCUACCUAAGCUGCGUGAGGCUAACAACUUCAGCCCACGGUCCAUAUUGCCAGGGCCGGCGUACGAUGUGGCUGCGCUGGAGCCGACUCUCUCGUAUCUUCAGCCUCCCUGUUUCGUACACAGUGGUGUGUGCUGCUGAGAUUCCCCGCCAGCUGUCUCGCCGUGCGUGCCGCUGGACGUAGAGAGACCAGGGUGAGACGGGUGUGGUUGGCUCGGUGCCGGCCAUCGCCACUGCUACACACAAGUGCGUGUCCUGCAGGUUUGAAGGCUCUGUGCCUUUUCCCAUCCUCUUUCCCCCGAGCCUAGGCAGCGCCAGUCUGAUCUCUUGCCAAGGACGAGGUUGCAGGACCCGUCCAACGGCACCCUUGAUUUCAGAGCGAUGCUCUCCACCAGAUGACAGUG